UCCAAACCACUACUAAAUAUAAUCCUUUUCAUAGUGGAUACUCAUUUCUCUCUAUCUCGCGUCAUACUAUUCGUUUUUUCCUUCCCUGCAGACUCAGUAAAAUAGUACUUACAUCACUCCAAAGAAAAAAAAAAAAAGAGUCUUACCCUGUUUUUGCUCUUCUUUAAUUUUCAUUAACCCCCACCUCACGAUCUUUGAGUUUGUAUUUUGUUCUUUCAUUAAUGCACACAAUUUAGACUAAUCAGAACCCAAAUUUGGGAAAGAGGUUUAAAGAGGAAGGAGAAAAAGGGGGCUGUUUUGGGUACUGUGAUACACAGUUGUUGUUGAACGAAUAAUCAUGGCCGUUGAUGAGAAUGGCUCCUUGAAUCGGACGGACGAUAGUUCUGCCGCCGUUGAUCAGAACAGUGUAUCACAGUCAACGAUGCCCAAUGAUCAGAAAAUUCAAAUGAUGACUAUUGUUGAUGAUCAACCCGAGAAAAAGAGCGUGCAGCAUAAGCCUCAAAUGGGUGUUUUUCAACAAAGCAUCAACGGUGGUGGAGUGCUGGUUCAGCAUCAGAAAAUGAACGGUGUUGGUUUGAGGAGAAAUGGAGGUGUUGUUGAUGAAGGGUUUAAGAAAGAGAUGAGGGAUUUAGAGGAAAUAUUUUCGAAAUUGAACCCCCAGGCUGAGGAGUUUGUGCCUCCUUCACUCUCCAGUAACCAUGGUGUAGUGCCAAUAUCUCCAGCUGGAGAGCAAUUUGGAUGUGAUGCUUUCAAUUUGGUAAUGCAAAAUGGACUCGGCGAUGGAAAUUUCAAUAGAAGGAAGAGAAAUGGCAAUGGCGGUGGUAGGAGACGGACGAAUGUCCGAACGAGCAUGGCUCAACGUGAAGAGGUUAUAAGGAGGACAGUUUAUGUGUCUGAAAUUGAUCAUCAGGUGACUGAAGAGCAACUUGCUACACUCUUUCUUACUUGCGGGCAGGUGGUUGACUGUCGCAUAUGUGGAGACCCCAAUUCUGUACUCCGUUUCGCCUUCAUUGAAUUUACUGAUGAAGAAGGUGCAAGGAAUGCCUUGAGUCUUGCGGGAACUAUGCUAGGGUUUUACCCUGUGAGAGUGCUUCCCUCUAAAACUGCAAUUGCACCAGUUAAUCCAACAUUUCUUCCGAGGUCUGAAGAUGAAAGGGAGAUGUGUGCAAGAACUAUAUACUGUACAAACAUUGAUAAAAAGGUUACUCAAGCAGAUGUCAAGCUCUUUUUUGAGUACUUCUGUGGAGAGGUUAAGCGCUUGAGGUUACUUGGUGACCAUCAUCAUUCCACCCGUAUUGGUUUUGUCGAGUUUGUUAUGGCUGAGAGUGCCAUUGCUGCACUGAACUGCAGUGGUGCAAUCCUGGGAUCACUUCCCAUAAGAGUAAGCCCAUCAAAGACUCCUGUCCGACCACGCUCUCCUCGUCCGCCAGUGCAGUGAUAAAUCACUUUGCAUUCCUCAAUUGUAUCUAAAUACAUACGUAGAUACGGAUACCAUCAGAGCACCUCGUGGCAUUUGCCUUUUAGUUUAUUCUGUUACUCAGCUGGGCAUCUCUCACCUUUUGGAUACUUGUUCUUAAGCCUGUACUCUUGGCUGGUUCGUGAGUGCUCAUGUUGAUGUAAUUUAAGUUUGGUAUAUUAUGUUUCUCUGGGCAAGGCCUCGAGUGACAAUACUGACCGAUGCUCUAACUGUGACAUUGAUCCAAUGAGUUCGUCAAUAUUCCACUACCCCGUUGGCUUGUGUU